UCCCGCCAUAUUCAUCCCAACAAAGCUUUCUCCUUUUUUCUCACUCUCCAACCAAACCCCCAAAUUUCUCUAUCACUCUCUCUCGCUCUCUCUCCAGUCUCUACCAAUGGCUUCCGAUUCUUCUCAGGGAAACUUCAACAAUGGUCCUUCAUCACCUGAUGACUCAUUUUCGAGCCCUAUCGGGAACACUAACUCCUCCCCUGGGGAUGCUUCUCGCCGGAGAAGAAGGGGUCGAUCUACUACUCCGUCGGCAUUCGCCACUCCGACACAACCUCCUUCUCGUUUCGCCGCUUCCUCUGAAGCAACACCGACACCGUCGGCUGGAACGCGCCGUAACGGUUCCAACGGCAGGCGAAGAACUCCCUCAGCUGCUGCAACUCCCACGUCCACCGACGACGUGCCGCCUUCCUCUGAGGGCGGCGAUGGUUUUGACAUGGAUGAAGACCGACCCACUUUUGUUUGGGGCACGAAUAUUAGCGUAAAUGAUGUCAAAGCUGCCAUUGUUAGGUUCCUGAAGAAUUUUCGGGACCAACAGUCUCAGACUCCGGAUUCGGAGUUUCAUACUGAAGGAAAGUAUAUUGAAACUAUCAAGAAGGUCCUUGAAAUAGAGGGAGACUCACUCGAUGUUAAUGCACACGAUGUGUUUGACUAUGAUUCUGAUCUGUACGCGAAGAUGGUUCGAUAUCCACUUGAGGUUCUUGCAAUUUUCGACAUUGUUUUGAUGGAGAUGGUGCCUCUAAUCGAGCCCUUAUUCGAAAAGCACAUUCAGACUCGAAUAUAUAAUCUCAAAACCUCAACAUCAAUGAGAAAUCUCAACCCCUGUGACAUUGAGAGAAUGGUGUCUUUGAAGGGAAUGGUUAUCCGUUGUAGUUCAAUAAUUCCGGAAAUCAGAGAGGCGAUAUUUAGAUGUCUUGUGUGUGGUUACUACUCUGAACCUGUUGCUGUAGAGAAAGGACGGAUAACUGAACCAACAAGAUGCUUGAAGGAGGAAUGCCAAGCAAGAAACUCCAUGACACUUGUUCACAACCGAUGCAGGUUUACUGAUAAGCAGAUUGUAAGGCUACAGGAGACACCUGAUGAGAUUCUUGAGGGAGGGACUCCACAUACUGUUAGCUUGUUGAUGCAUGAUAAAUUGGUUGAUGCAGGAAAACCAGGAGAUAGAGUUGAGGUCACUGGGAUUUACAGGGCUAUGACCGUCAGAAUUGGACCAGCACAUAGAACUGUUAAAGCACUGUUCAAGACAUACAUUGAUUGUCUUCAUAUAAAGAAGACUGACAAGUCGAGAAUGCUGGUGGAUGAUCAAAUGGAAGUUGAUAACCCUCUAGGUGGAAACUCAGAUGAUAUUAUUUUCGAUGAGAAGAAGGUUGAAGAAUUGAAAGAACUGUCAAAGAAACCAGAUAUAUAUGACCGUUUAAUGAGGUCUCUGGCACCAAACAUCUGGGAGCUGGAUGAUGUCAAAAGGGGCCUUCUCUGUCAGCUGUUUGGCGGGAUUGCUUUGAAGUUGCCAUCUGGUGCUAACUUCCGUGGUGAUAUUAAUAUCCUUCUUGUUGGUGAUCCUGGAACCAGUAAGUCCCAGCUGCUUCAGUACAUACACAAGUUAUCUCCUCGUGGUAUAUACACCAGUGGAAGAGGGAGUUCUGCUGUUGGUUUAACCGCUUAUGUUACCAAAGAUCCUGAAACAGGGGAAACAGUUUUGGAGAGUGGAGCAUUAGUUUUGAGUGAUCGAGGUAUUUGCUGCAUUGAUGAAUUUGACAAAAUGUCUGAUAAUGCAAGGAGCAUGUUACAUGAGGUGAUGGAACAACAAACUGUUUCAAUAGCAAAGGCAGGAAUCAUUGCCUCCCUUAAUGCUAGGGCUUCAGUAUUAGCUUGUGCAAAUCCAAGUGGGUCACGCUAUAAUCCUCGCUUGUCUGUGAUUGACAAUAUACACCUUCCUCCUACUCUGCUAUCAAGGUUUGAUCUGAUCUACUUGAUUCUAGACAAGGCUGAUGAACAUACCGACAGGCGCCUUGCCAAGCAUAUAGUUGCAUUACAUUUCGAGAAUCCUGAGAGCAUAGAGCAGGAUGUCUUGGACCUUCCUACAUUGAUUGCAUAUGUAAGCUAUGCAAGAAAGCAUAUCCAUCCUCAAUUAUCUGAUGAAGCUGCUGAAGACUUGACCCGAGGAUAUGUUGACUUGAGAAGGAGAGGAAAUUUCCCGGGGAGUGGCAAAAAGGUUAUAACUGCAACACCAAGGCAGAUUGAAAGUUUGAUUCGUCUUAGUGAAGCCUUGGCUCGAAUUCGUUUUUCAGAAGUGGUAGAAAAGCGUGAUGUAACUGAGGCAUUUCGACUUCUGGAAGUUGCAAUGCAACAGUCAGCUACAGAUCACUCCACUGGAACAAUUGACAUGGAUCUCAUCACAACUGGAGUCUCUGCAAGCGAAAGAAUGAGACGGGAGAAUCUGUUGUCAGCAACUCGCAACCUGAUCAUGGAGAAGAUGCAGCUAGGAGGACCCUCAAUGCGCUUGUUGGAGAUAUUGGAGGAACUGAAGAAGCAGAGCUCAGGGACCGAAUUUCACCUCAAUGAUCUGAGGAAUGCAGUUCACACACUUUCAAGCGAGGGAUUUGUAUCUCUUCAUGGUGACAGCGUAAAAAGAAUAUAAUUGGAAGAAGAAAGAAAUUCACAAGAGAAAAAAAAGGAACUAGUUGAGUUCUUGGCCAAAUCUUUAAAUUAUAUAAGCAGAGCCUGCUGCUGGUUCAUGAUUAUUCUGUUCCACCGACUUAGCAGUAAAAUACCAUUCAAAUCCACCCAUUUUUUUAACUAAUUAUUAAGUUCAGAGUUCUGUAUUAACUUGUGAUUUUACUUUUGUUUUUAACCAUUGUUAUGGGUGGCUUGAGCUCUAGGUUUAUUAUUAUUAUUUGCAAAAUUUUGUGAUGUUGUAAA